CAACCAGUGAGUCUCAUUUUAGAGAGGAGUUUCUAAAAAGCAAUCUAGUUGCUAUGGGCAACUGCACCACUCAAAAAUGUCUAUGGGCAGAAUGGACCCUCUAAGAGUAGAGCAUAAGAGGUCUGAACAGGAAUAUGGAAGCCAUCAUGUGGUUUGAAAAGGAAAAUGGUGACUUCUGCCACCUUUCUUCCAAGGCUAAUCGAGGCCCUUCAGCGCAGCUUUCUAAAGGGUUCUUACAAGUGCCUAAAGGAAAAAACUUCUCUGUGGCUAAACCUCAAGCACUUAGGAAAGCACUGGGAAACAUUAACCAACAUGUCCAACCCAAGAAAUCUGCUUCAAAAAAGGUGGUCAAAAAGGAUAACUUGGUGAAGCAAAGGGGUGAGAAGUAUCCUGAAAUAGAGAAAUUCAUUCCAUAUAACCCUCUAGAUUUUGAAACCUUUGAUGUUCCUGAAGAACAUAAGCUCAGUGACCGCUGUCUUGCUGGUGUUCCGCUCUUAGUUUUAAGGGAUGACUCAAAUAACGCUGAAGCUCUUGACCGUCUUGUGUUUUCACCAAUGGAAAUCAAACCAAUAAACUAUGAUUCCUUUGAGAUCUCCAGCCAUCUGUUUGAAGACAUCACUAUUGACUUACCUAAUCUAUGAUUUUUUUAAAUGUAAAUGUCUG